GCCAUCCAAACCGAUCACAUCAUAAUCUUUUUCAAGCCAAUUCACGAGUAACGAGCUUGAGCGCGAAAUACGAAAUAGAUGAUGAAGCACAACAGUAACACAACUUUAACUCGAGCAUCACCAUCAACAGCACCAGCAGCAGCAUCACCAUCACCAUCACCAGCAGUAGUAGCAACAGCAACCUAAUUUGUUAUAAGGAAGAGUGAAAUAAUAAAAAAACGAAAUAAAAAAAGAUUAAUUCGCCGCAGACCUAGUGCCCUAGAAAUGUGAGCCAUUCUGAUGUUGAUGGCAGCGAGCGUGCGUUCCGAUAACGAUUCUUGUUGAAUUAUUUUUUUAAUAUUAUUUUUGUGAAAUUUGUAUAUUUUUGAGAGGUCUAAUUGGGCGAUAGAGAAUCGAGAAAAAAAAGAGAUUUAUGUGAAAAGUGUGUGUUUAGAUUUUGUUUUCCUUAAAACGAAUUCGAAUUCUCUUCUUUUGAUGUAAAGUGUUAGAUAUUUUAUUUCAUCUCGAAAUAUAGAAUGUACCACGGAGGCGAUUAGACAAACAUGAACCAUGCUGUCAUGGAAAUUUCAUCAAUCAAAUGUUACUUUUCUGUUCCUUUGGAAAAUUUUGUUGCUCAUUGCACCUGCAACAUCACUCAGCUGACGGAGGCAUUCUCAACAGUAUUCUUGGAGUACCAUCUGAGUGUUUCCAUCAAAAUGGUGUUUGGCCUUGUAAGCUAUCAUUUUCCUGUUGGAUUCAAGGUGGCAAGCAUGCCAAGGGAUGUGGCAACAAUAAAUGGCUGUUUUCAUGUUGUGUUUCCGAAAAUGAGAUAACUCCAGCAAAUUUCGGAUUCAAUCUCAUGAAAAUGAAUGACUUAUCAAAGAGAGUAAUGCUUAAACGCAGAGAUGACAACGAGUUGUUUCCAAUGGUUGAAUGUGGUUUACCUAGAACUUUCCAAAAUACCCUUCAAAAGCGUAUCAUUGGCGGACGACCAUCGAGGUUCGCUGAGUACCCUUGGCAAGCUCACAUACGCAUCGCUGAAUUCCAAUGCGGCGGAGUAUUAGUUUCAACAAAUAUGAUUGCCACUGCUGCACAUUGUAUACAACAAGCCCGUUUGCAAGACAUAUCGGUUUUCUUGGGUGAAUUGGACACUCAAAAUUCGGGGACGAUAUUAGAACCAAUGCCAGUGGAGAAGCAUAGAGUUAUACAAAAGAUCAUACAUCCGAGAUUUAAGUUCCGAAUGACACAGCCAGAUCGGUAUGAUUUGGCACUGUUGAAACUUGCCAAGCCAACUGGUUUCAGUGACCAUAUUUUGCCCAUUUGCCUUCCCAUUGCACCGAUAAAUUUAACAGGAAGGAAAGGAAUCAUUGCUGGAUGGGGGAAAACCGAAGCUAAUAUGGGAUAUUCUGGAACUAAUAUUCUUCAAGUUGCAUCAGUACCUAUCAUUGAUCCACUUGAUUGUGUUCGAUGGCAUGAAAUAAAAAAAAUCAGUGUUGAGCUAUUUGGUGAAAUGUUCUGUGCAGGGCACUCUGAUGGCCAUCAAGAUGCAUGUUUAGGUGAUUCAGGUGGACCACUAAUAAUCAAAGAUCGUGGUCGUUAUACAUUAGUUGGCAUAACAAGUGCUGGAUUCGGUUGUGGUGUUGAUCAUCAGCCUGGAAUUUAUCACAAUAUUCAAAAGACCAGCAAAUGGAUACAAGAAGUUAUACUAAGAAAUUCAUAAUGCUUAAAUUAUGAUAUAGUUAAUUAAAAUAAGAAUUUUGUGAAUAAAAUAUUAUAAACAAAUCAUUGUAUCGUGAUAUGAAUAGAACUAUGUAUACUUUAAAAAACAAGAUUCAAAUAUUUAAUUUAUUGCAAACUUUGUAUUAAGUUGUUUAGAUUUAAGGAAAUAAGUUUAAGACUAAUUUAUUAAUUUUCUGUCACUUUCUGCACAUGGGUUUAAUUAUAAGACAUCGAAAAACAGGGUUAUUUCUUGGGGAAAAACUUAAUAUAUAGUUUUUUUAAAAAUAUUUUUUUAAGUACAAAAAACUGCAAUUACAAUAAAUUAAGACAUGCAUACAUUAAUAA